GUAGUAUGUCAUACAGAGCUGAGAUGUUUUUACAGAUACUAGACAUUGUUUAGGGUGCCAACGGUUUUUGGCUUCUUUUUAUCUCGUUCUGUUCGAAUAAAAAAGUCCAAAUACGAAGAGUAACCCAACAAACGUCUAGUUUUUGAGAUACUACUUGUCUUUUGAGACCUGCAAAAAUUCAGUAGUAUUAUAUUUUUCAAAACAAAAAAAAAGGUAGCCACCCUAAACUGUCUCUAAUAUGUGUAAAAAAAUCUCAGCCCGAUCGGGUGUACUGCGUCUGAGGAACGGGAGCGAUUCUGUAGAUUUCUGCUGAAAAAUCGGGUUUAUAGAAAACCAAGAAAAAAAGAAAAAAUCUUGCUAUACUCCUACAGCAAUCAUUUUAUCUUUUCGAUCUUAUUUUUGAUUUAGGACUAUGUCUGAGUUCUCAAAAUGUCACCAGUAGUGAGAGGACACUUGAAAGCACAGACAGAGCAAAAAAACCAAAACAUUUUGAAAUUUUGGGUUUGGAAACGGGGUGGCGCUUAAGGUCUGUCUCUGUGCAAAAAGAAUAAAAUAAAAGAAUAUAUAGAUCAUUGGAACGAAAAUUACAAGAUGCUCAACCAGAAUUAAAAACAAUCGAUGAUAGUAAUAAACAAAUUCCAUCAUCUUCUACUCGUAAAUCUUCAUCGAAUCGUAUUGAUGAUGAUGAUGAUGAAGAAUUCAGUGAUACGGAUAGUAAUCUUGUUGCAAAAUGGAUUGCUGAAUAUGGUUUACCUGAUGCUCUUGAUCUUAAUUAUGAUAUUACUCGUAAAUAUACACCACUAUGGUAUGAUGAAGAGCUUCAAGGUUUUGCUGCUGAAUUAACUAAUGCUGCAUGCAGUAUAUUAGGAGCAUGGGGUGAGUCUACAAUAUCAUCAACAUUACUUCAUCUUCGUUCAUUAGAUUGGGAUAAAAAAGCUCCAAUAGCUAAAUAUGCAAGAGU